AUGGGGCAGGUGCUCUUCUGGAACCGCGACCGACAGGCGUGCAUCGCCGUUGACACACCGGAGUGCGUGACGGCGUUGCAGAUUGUGAGCAACGGCGAUUUCGUGGUGGCCGCGAACGGGGCAGGAAAGCUGAUGAUGCUGGACAGCAGCACUGGCGCGGUAGCGGUGGAGGUGUGCGCCCACUCGCGCUGGAUCCACGCGCUGGCGUUCAACAAGAUAGCCAACGUGCUCCUCUCAGCCGCUGAGGACGGAUACGUGACGGUGUGGUCGGCGCCGGUGAGGACUGCCGACGGUGUGGCGGGGGGGGGGGNCGCCCCUUGCGACGCAUAA